AUGGGUACCGAAACCGGUUUAAAGACGUUCUCAGCAGAGGAGCUCGACGAGGCCACGAAUAACUACGCGCGCGAAAACUCGCUCGGUCGCGGCGGCUUCGGCACGGGCUACCGCGGAAAGCUCGCGGACGGCUCCCCCGUGCUUGUAAUGAAGCUCAACCCCGAUAACACCCGCCAAGCCGCGGAGAAAUUCACGCGCGAAGUGACCAACUUAACGCGCGCGGACCACCCGCAUCUGGUCAAGCUCCUCGGGUACAAUCCCGAGGCACGCUGUAUCGUGUACGAGUCCCUCCCGGCGGGUAGUCUCGAGGACCGGCUGUUGACGGAGGGCGGACGGAAAACAAUGAAGCAGAAAGACCGGCUGCGAAUCGCGGCGGAGGCGUCCGAAGCGCUGCUGUUCCUGCACCAUCUCGAGCCGCCGAUCCUCCAUCAGGACGUGAAACCCGGCAACGUCAUGCUGAACGAGGAUCUCUCCUGUAAGGUCGGCGGGGUCGGUCUGGCGAAAUUCCUCCCCGCGAACGACUCGUCGAUCUGGGGAACGGUGGGGUAUAUCGAUCCGCUGCUGCUCCGCACCGGGAAAUACGGGCCGCAGUCGGAUCUAUACGGAUUAGGGUUGGUGAUCCUGCAGCUGCUGACGGGGGAAAAGGUGAAUAAGGUGCUGGAAUUUGCGAAGUUUGGAUUGGAGGGGAUUUUGGAUCAUUUGGACAAGACGGUUCAGUGGAACCCGGAGAUUGUGAAGGAGGUUGCUGACGUGGCGCUCAAGUGUCGGGACAGGACGAACCGGCCGGAUUUAGAGACGGUUGUGCUGCCCAUGCUGAAGAAAUAUGCGGAGCAGACUAAGGGGGAGAAGGAGGCGGAUGCUGCUGCGCCUGCUGGUGGUGGUGGGGGUGGUAGUAGUGGUGCUAAGGUUGGUGGUGGUGGUGGUGGGGGGGGGGCGAGUAAGGGGCAUGAGAAGAAGGGUGCGGCUGCAGCGGCGGCGGCUGCGCCUCAGAAGAAAUCGCUGUUUGGUUAUUUCUUUGGCAAGCGGUGA